AGGCGUAUGUGAUGGCGAGCGUGGAUCACCCUCACGUGUGUCGUCUGCUGGGAAUCUGCCUGACGUCGUCGGUCCAGCUGGUGACUCAGCUGAUGCCGUACGGCUGCUUGCUGGACUACGUCCGUCACCAUAGCGACCACGUUGGAGCCCAGUGGCUCCUCAACUGGUGCGUCCAGAUCGCCAAGGGGAUGAACUACCUGGAGGAGCGUCACCUGGUGCAUCGAGACCUGGCGGCGAGGAACGUUCUGGUAAAAUCUCCGAACCACGUGAAGAUCACCGACUUCGGUCUCGCCAAGCUGCUGACGGCCAACGAGAAGGAAUACCACGCAGACGGAGGAAAGGUUCCCAUAAAGUGGAUGGCGUUGGAGUCGAUCCUGCAGUGGACCUACACACAUCAGAGCGACGUCUGGAGUUACGGUGUGACAGUCUGGGAGCUGAUGACGUUCGGUUUAAAGCCGUACGACGGGAUCCCAGCCAGCGAGAUCUCAUCUGUGCUGGAGAGAGGAGACCGACUGCCUCAGCCUCCCAUCUGCACCAUCGAUGUCUACAUGAUCAUGGUCAAAUGUUGGAUGAUUGAUCCGUCCAGUCGGCCCAAGUUCAGAGAACUGAUAGUAGAGUUCUCUAAAAUGGCCAGAGACCCUUCUAGAUACCUGGUCAUACAGGGUGAGCUCCCCAGUCCGACAGACAGCAGGUUUUACUCUCGUCUUCUGAGCUCUGAUGACAUGGACGACGUGGUCGACGCCGACGAAUACCUGCUGCCUUACAAGGGACUGGGUAACCAUGACAACCGUCCCUGCAGCGCCGCGAACGGUCAUCCAGUCAGAGAGAACAGCGUUGUGAUGCGUUACAUCACCGAUCCGACUCAGACCAUGUUGGAUAAAGGAGACAUCACCAGCCACGAGUACAUGAACCAGAGUAUGAGUGAAACCAGUCAGGGCAGCCGGCUGUCGGAGGUUUUGAAUCCCAACUAUGAGGACCUGAGCUCGGGUUGGGGCGCCGCCUCGUUCCUCCACCCGCUGGAGGAUAUAAAGUCCUCCGCCCAACUUCCUGUACAGGGACCAGAAUACCUGAACACUGCCCAAAGCUCGCUCCCUCUGGCUGCCAGCGACAGCCUCGACAACCCGGACUACCAGGCUGACUUCCUGCCCCAGGCCACUUACACCAGGACUGGUCUGUUUCUGCCUGCAGCUGAGAACCUGGAGUAUUUGGGUUUGGGUGCUGCGCUGCACGCUCCCGUCCGCUAAACUGUUUAAUUUAGCUGCUUUUAAUGUACAUUUCUCUGGACAACACUGACUGAGCAGCAGAAUCACUUUCACAUUGAACAGCUCACUGAGUCAGACAUUACUGAUGACAAGGAGAGCUGGACUCAACCCAACAACCUUCUGGUCACAAACUGGAUGUUUCAUUGAACUUGAAUUUUAAAAGUUUGAUCGCUGUGGAAGUGAAAUGAGGACUUCACUGUUGAAAAUACAAAACAUUUGACAUAAUUUAAAUGUGCACAGAGGUUUGGAGAAGCUCAAAAAUGAAUUAUUUACAUGUGAUCUUCUGCUCCAUCAGGUAUCAAAAGGCACAAUGGCGCCCCCAGCUGGCUGUGCAGUGCACUACAGGCUGGAGGAUAAAACAAUCGCUUGUAAUGUGAAACUUUUCUCAUUUAACCCUCCUGUUGUCCUCGAGUCAAGGAAGGAAGGAAGGAAGGGAGGAAAGGAGGAAGGAAGAAAGAAAG